AUGGAAGAUGAUUGUAAUCCUAAGAGGGAACGUCAAAGAAGAUUGGAUCCUCCAAUGAUGGAAGUGGUCAAGAAGAAGAUAAUUAAAAGGUUUAAAAGGUGCAAAGAGAAGAAAAAGGCAUUUCAUGACAAGCACAUCACCCAAAAACACUUUAUUCCGGGUCAAAAAGUUCUUCUUUAUCAUUCACGCUUAAAGCUAUUCCCGGGAAAAUUGCGAUCUCGAUGGCAUGGACCUUUUAUUGUUAUAAAAGUGUUUGAUCCUAGUGUGGUUGAAAUCAAGAGUUUGGAAACAAACCAAAUCUUCAAAGUGAAUGGGCACCAUUUGAAACUAUUUUAUGAAGGCUUUGACACGGGAGAAUUCGACAACGUAACAAUGGAAACACCGAUUUACAAAGGUUGA